UCUCCUUCAAACCAAAUCGCACAGGGAGAGCUGAAGAGGAGAGAGUUUCCUUUGCGGUUUCGUUCCAAUCACCAUAAUUGCUCAGCUGAUCAAUUGGGUCGGCGGGGACGAUGAUGGUGAUGGCGAUGGCGAUGCUCUUACGUCGUCUUCUACCCCAUCUCUCUCGGUGACCCUUCUCUCCGCUCUGUUCGAAUCCGUCUUUCUCCAAGGUGAACUAUUAGAUUGGCAGGAUGACAAAAUCCUUCAUUUGUGUAUAUCUCGACGGCGCCAAUGUCGGGUUUUUCCAACUUUCCCGACCUGCAAAUGAUUGACAAAUUAACAUGAGUAGGGGAUGCCUGUUGCUAAUUUUAACCACUGAAGUGUUUUGCCUUUUCGAUUCUUUGGUUUCUGCAGAAUUGGUUGACUUUGUCACGGGUUUUCUUGAUUUUGACUGGUAGAUGGAUAUUCUGGAAAUUGGAUUGAUUGUGGGGAUCUUUUUCCCUCCCUCUUACGUGUUGUGCAUCCAUUGCCCUGUCUUUGCUUGCAAGGAACAUGAAACUACCAUUUGUUUGGUUUGAAUGUGACAUCCAGAUACUUAGAUUUGUUCUCAAGUUGAUACCUUGUCCGUCUUUUUGUUGGUCUUGUCUUGGGUUAGUUUUGAUUUCCAUUAACCAGCAUGAUUUCAGGAUAUUGUUCAUAAUGGGUCAUGAGUUGAUUGACCACGUCAAGGUGAUUUUGCUCUAGUUUAGGUGCGUGUAAGGUUCUAAAGUCUUCAUUUUAGUAAGAUUGAUGCCAAGGAAUGAUGCAGCAAGAUGAUUCCAUGAAGCAGUUACACGUGUAGCAUCGAUCCUGAGGGAGAGCUUCUUGGAAGGUGAACAGAGAUACUGCAAUUGGAGGCUCGUUUAGAUUGCAAGGUGGCCAAGGACUCUUUAUAGUCUAGAGAGCAUCUUCCUGAAGUACAGCUGCUACACAUGGAUCAGAAGCAUUCAAAUGUUGGGGUGGACCAGGAAAAAGGUGACUAUACCCCCCUUAAAGACGAAGAAGAUCCAAAGUUGGGACUGUACGACAAGCCUCUUCCUUGUUUUGGUUGCGGAAUCGGAUGGUUCUCUCUUGUGCUUGGAUUUGUUUUUCCAGUAAUGUGGUACUUUGCGACGAUCCUAUACUUCUGCAAUUACUACCAGAAGGAUCCCAGAGAAAGAGCUGGACUAGCAGCUUCUGCAAUUGCUGCAAUGAUAUGUACAGUUGCUAUUAUCAUCGCUGCGGCAGUAAUUAUGUCGGGAUAGCACCGAAAAGAGAGACCACGAUUCAAAUCAUCCUCUCAAUAUGCAGAGUUUAUAGAAGAACAUAUCUGUUGUGGCGCAUAGAUGAAGAAUUCUUGUUAAGCAAACAACAAAGAAGAUUUCAUCUAACGUGAUAGAAAGUCUGGAAGUCUAAAAACAGCUCUUUGCUCUCUCUAUGUGAUGGGGCCUGGCGUAUGAUUAGUGGUACAUCCAGUGGGGGUUGUGUAUAAUCCUUUCUAAGUGAUGGGAGCGAAGAACUCGGAAUGUUUUACGAAUUGUACAGAACUGCUUCUAGCUCCAGCAGUAAAAUGGAUGUUCUUGCA